AUGAGCUCCCAAAUUCAACAGAAUUAUUCCACCGUGGUGGAGGCUGUGGUCAACAGCCUGGCCGACCUGCAUCUGCCAGCUGCCCACACCUACCUCUCUCUGGGCUUCUAUUUCAAUCUCCACGAUGAGGAUGUGGCAUUCCAGGGCGUGGGUCACUUCUUCUGUGAUUUGGGGGAGAAGAAGCGCGAGGGUGCUGAGCAUCUCUUACAGGUGCAAAGCCAGCGCGGUGGCUGCAUUCUCUUCCAGGACGUGCUAAAGCCGUCCCAAGCCUCCUCCCCACCCCCAGCAGACUUCUCCGGGAUCUGCGUCAAGCCCACGGCUUUGGAUGCACCCAGUGCUAAGGACUUGCAAAUCUUUGACUUCUCUCCCCCACCAGGCACCAGUGAUUUCCAUGGAACAAGGGAUGGGCACCAGGGUCUUCCUUCCAGACAGGCAACACCGCGGGUCCUCUGUGCGUCUGCAUUUGCUCACCAGAAACCCAAGCCGUGGAUUGGGGCCAGCGGAGUGCUGGUUCCUACCAAGAUGGUGGUGAGCUCGGCUCCGGCAGUUCUGGCUGAAGACUCCCUGGAACAAGGGCUCCAGAGAAUGACAAAAACCGCCAACAUCCGCACUACCCCCAGCAAAGACGCGGGCCUUGAGAAACCCCAGGGAGAAGGGCAGGAGGUAGUGAGGGUCCUGGUGAUGGUGGGGGCUGGCUACAUCAGUGAGCUGGAGAGGCCCAGUUCCAUGAAGCAGAAGGAGGUGGGCGAGGCCUGGGCAGACUCGAGUGGCCGCAAAGGCACCGUGGAGGCGGAGCGGCGCGGCGGCGUGGAGCACCGCGCGCGGGACAAGCAGGAGCUUCACAGUGGGGACCCCAAGGAGGGACCUUUCCGGGAGGACCAGUGUCCUCUAGAGGUGGCACUGCCCCCUGAGAAGGCUGAGGGUCGAGAGGGUCCCGGACAGCUCUUCAGUACAGAUGAUGUGGAAAGAGCGGCAAACCGCGAAGGUCCACGAGGCCUGGGCAAGAAGCGCCUGAACAUCGACGCGCUCCAGUGCGACGUCUCGGUGGAGGAGGACAACCGCCAGGAGUGGACCUUCACGCUCUACGGCUUCGACAACAGUGGGAAGGCCACCAGGGAGGACAUGUCCAGCCUGAUGCACACCAUCUACGAGGUCGUCGACGCCUCCGUCAACCACUCCUCCGGCAGCAGCAAGACCCUCCGAGUGAAGCUGACCGUCAGCCCCGAGCCCUCCAGCAAAAGGAGGGAGGGUCUCCCCGCCAGCCAGGACCGGGAACCCACUCGCUGCAGGACGGAGGGCGAGGUCUUUGAGGACCCCAGGGUGGCUGACAGGAGGCUGUCUGCUCACAUCAGGAGGCCCAAUGCUGACUCCCACCCCUGCCCCGUGAGGGGGCUGUACUGCGUGGAUGAGAACACUGAGCGGAGAAACCACUACCUGGACCUGGCCGGAAUAGAGAACUACACGUCUAAAUUCGGACCUGGGUCCCCACCAGCACAGGCCAAGCAGGAGCACCAGGGCAAGGCCUCACACCCCCCGAGCAGGUCUCGCUCCCAGGAGUCAGAUGCACACACUGUGCACAACCGCAGGUCCCAGGUGCUGGCUGACCAUGUCCUGCUGGCCGGCGACCCCACUGCCCGGGCCCUGGACGUGCAGCCCCGGCUGAAGGGGCAGGAAAAGCAGUUCCUCAAGUCCCCCAAGGGCGCGGGCAGGCCACCUGGGGUGCCCAGUGGGGGCGUGCCCAUUGGGGGCAUGCCAGGUGGGGGCAAGCCCGGGAGGGCUUUCAGCUACCACCCACCGGCUGCCUUGCCCCAGGCCCCC